AACGGUUUCGUCGAGUGCCGGAGUGGAGUAGAAGAGUGCGUGCAGAUGGAUGACUGUGCUGUCGUGAUGCCUCGCGAGGGCUGCUGCGCGCGGUGCAAAGGAUGUUGGUACAACGGCACCGAACACGCCUCGCACACCGAGUGGAACGGAGGGAAACUGCUGCGAUGUGAGGCUGGAGUAGUCACUAUAUCCAGGCCGGAGUGUUACGCGCCAUGCGACAGGCCGAAGCAUCAGCGGCACACGCACUAUAACUGUCCAGUUUGUGAUGAGUGUGUGAUCAACGGCCAGCGCGUGUGGGAGGGCCGCGACGUGCGCGUGCCGGAGGAGCCGUGCCUGUCGUGCCGCUGCGUACACGGCGCGUUGUCGUGCGCGAAACGCGCGUGCCCCGUACUGCCGUGUGCGCGGCAGCACUACACGCCGCCCGGCGAGUGUUGUCCCAGGUGCUCGCAUCCCACCUCAGACAAGAUAUUGCCGAUUUCAGCAGCCGCGCCGUGGAAGCCCUGUAUCAUCGGCAAGGAGUACCACGCUCACAUGAUGCCAUUCCGAGUGGACCCGUGCACCGACUGCACCUGCAUGAACGGCACGGCUGUAUGCACGCGGCACACGUGCCCGGUGCUGACGUGCGGCGCGCGCGCACUGCCGCCCGCGCCCGGCAAGUGCUGCCCCGAGUGCCCGCACAUCGAACACGCCAAGGCCGCGUGUAUCAUUGGAAGAAAAACCUACCAGGAUGGAGAAACUUGGCAGUUAGCCGCUUGCAAAUCUUGCGAGUGCCACAACGGCGAACCACGAUGUGCAAUGGAACGUUGUUAUCUCUCCUGUCCUUCGGACCAGACUCUCCGCCAACUGCCUGGUGAAUGUUGUCCAAAAUGUGUCGAUAUGGACGGCAUCUGCACUGUCUUUGGAGAUCCUCACUAUAAAACUUUCGACGGAAAGUUUUAUAGUUUUCAAGGAUCAUGUAAAUACCAACUAGCGUCAGAUUGUGUGAAUGGAACGUUUUCAAUAAGAAUUUCGAAUGAUGCCAGAAACACUUCACAUUCUUCAUGGACGCGUACUGCGACGCUUCGUAUUGGUUCGACAAAAAUCAAUAUGGGAAAGCGAAUGCGGAUAAAAGUAAAUGGUCGGCGGGUGACUCUACCUCACAGAAUCGAUGGAGUGGCGGAAAUCGUUCGCAGCAACGGCUCUGUGCUGCUUAAGUCCGAAAUUGGCGUUCAAAUGUUAUGGGACGGUGAUGGUUUCUUGGAAGUGACUGUGUCCAGUGCCUAUAAAGGCAAACUGUGUGGUUUGUGCGGAAAUUUUAAUUCAGUCGCCAGGGACGAUAUGAAAACUCGCAACGGGAAGCUGUUGAACGACACGUGGAAGUUCGGCUCGUCGUGGCGCGUGGGUGGUACCAGAGCUUGCACUCGACGGCAGAAGCCUCCAGUCAAUACGCCGCUGCGCCAGUCCAAAUUGAGCAAAGCAAGAAGAUUGUGCCGAGGAUUUGUCCGAUACGAUGCCUUUAUGGAAUGUGGAACUAAAGUGAAUCCUCAUCAUUAUCAGGAGGCUUGUGAGUUGGACGCCCGCAGCUGCACAGGUACGCGGUGUCACUGUGCGGCGUACCGGGCGUAUGCGGAGUGCACUAGGCUGGGCGCAGAGCCUGGGCCGUGGGCGCGCACAGCGUGGUGCGAGGGCCCGCCCCCCUGGCUCGCGCGACGUGCUAAGGGCCCGGCUCGCGGCAGGGACAAGCAGCGGAACCUCAUGGAUCUGAGUGCCGUCGCCAAGCCGAGCGGAAACCGCGCACGCCCGCCUCCGCCCAUACUGCACUUAUAGAUCAACGCGGCGUGACCUCUACUAGUCAAAACUGCCAUUGUGGCAAUGCGAGAGUAUUAUGAGAAUCGGACACUGGACUGUACGUGGGUUGCAUCUAUAAGG